AUGGCAUCACAGCAACCGUCGAGCAUGUCCAAGAGACCGCGACUGUCUCUUCAAAUCAAAACCGCAUGCAACCCACCGUUGAAAGCUCAACCCACAACCGCCAUCAAUUCUCCAAAACGUUUCAGCCUUCAAUCACCAAUUGGACCCAACAAGCUCAAGCAAAAAGUUGUGACGCCUCUUGUGGCGACAUGUCCAGAGACACCUUUGUCGGCUCAGCCUGUGUUUCCACAGCGAGAGAAUUUCGUUUCUCCCAGCGCAAUGACUGCCACGCCGCCUCUGUCUGCGGGAGCAGUUGAUACCUCGUCACAAGUCUUUCCGUUCUCGUCAACCGAAGCAUCAUCACCGCAGAGUCACCAGCAAGUGACUGAUUCUCUCCGGCGCAGGAAUAUGUUCCCGCUUCCUGGAUGGAACGGUCAGUUGCCCUAUACGCACUCACGGAGUCUCCAAAGCAUCCUUCGAAACUCUCCUCUUCCCCCCAGAACAACUGUUCCUCCACCUUCUCCCAGGCGUCAAUCACAACGCCUCCAGGAGAAGGCUGCCAAAAAAGUGGAAUACGAUAGUCCCCUGGAGCAAGAAAUCACCACAUUCGAGUAUACUUGGUCUCAUAUAGAUCUUUUGAACGAUGAUGCAUCACCCACGUCGCCUGCUUCUAUUCGCUCUCCCACAAGUGAACCCGAAUCAAUGCUAGAUUCGACGUUGGCCUUUAGCCCCAACGAAAUCCAGGAUGGUGGCCAGACACCUGGCCCGUUUGAAGAAAUGACACGAAGAAUGGCGGGUUUGGGAGCAGCAUCUCCCGUCUCGUCAAAAUUCACUGUCAACCGAAAGCAAAAGCGUGCGGGGGAAAAGCGUCAAUGGAUCUGGACGAUUGGACAGGAGGAUGACGACGAGGAUGUUGGCGGUGCUAUCGCUGCGUUACGUGCAAAAGCCGCGUACAGGAAAGGCGAGACUCAGCAGCUUGAAUAG